CCCUCCUCCCCGUCCCAAUUCCAAUUCCCCUUCCCCUUCCCCACAGACUUCCGACCCACGCCACCGCCGAUGCCCACCCGCUGCUAGUCUAGUCCAGUCGUCAGAGGCUCGGAGCGAUGGGCGAGAUGGAGUCGACCUCGCCGCCGCCGGGAGGCGCGGGCGGCGCGGUGCUGCAGGUGGUGUUCGUGGACGGCGAGCGGAGCGUGGACCUGGGCACGGUCACCGUGCAGCCGUCGCUGGGCGUGCGGAAGCUGCAGGCGGUCGUGGCGGACCGCGUCGGCGUCGCCCCGCAGCAGAUCUCGGCGUCCCUGGCCCGGCCGCGGCGCCAGCGCCGCGUGCCGCUCGACGAGGGCGCCGACCUCGCCGCCGCCGUGGCCCGCGAGGGCGCCGGCUGCUACGUCCUCGCCGGGCUCCGCCGCUCCCGCCGCGACCGCCGCGGGGGCCGCUCCAGGCGCGACAGGAAGGGCGCGGGCGCGGGGGCGGGGCCUCAGCAGCCGCUGCUGAUGGCGCCCACGAUGGCCUCGGAGCGGACCAUCCUCAAGCGCCUCCCGUCGACGGAUCUGGCGUCCCUGGCGGGCGCCGCGUCCCCGGUGGCCGCGUUCGGCGGGUGGGACUACGAGGCGCAGCUGCGGGAGCUCCAGCGGCAGCACGAGUGGUACAUGAUGAGCACGGCGGCGCCGGAUCCGUACCUCCUCCCGCCGCUCCUCGACGACCCGCCGGCGGCGCUGUGGCCGGCGCGCCCCUCGACGCCCUGCCCCGACUGCGAGGCGGCCGCCGCGCUGGGCCUGCGCGAGCCGGCGUUCCACUGGUGCGUGCGCGACGCGGUCACCGUGGGGUUCCGCUCCCCGGUUGGCCCAAUCGAGCGCCCGUCCACUGCCAGGAGAUCCCCGUCCCAGACGCCGUCGCCGACCCCGUCGCCGCCGCCGCCGUUUCAGCCCACCGCCGGCCGCCAUCUGCCGUCCUUCCUCCAUCCAGGCCUGACGCCGCUCUGCUACUAGCCGCCCGCCCGUCCGUCCGUUAAUUAGUAGAAGAAGGUGUAGAAAAGCAAAAGGGGAAUUGGGCCAUGGUUGCGUGCGGGGUUUGUGCACUGGGGGAGGAGGAGCAGAGGACAAGCGAAGGCGACGACUCCAGAGAAGAGAAGAGAAGAGUAGAGAGGAGGCUGCCUGCCCGCCUGCGCGGUGCCCGGCUGGACACGUUCCGGCUGGAAGAUUUCUUUCUGUUUAUGUUCCGUGUUUUGCUGGGGUGGUUGGGCUGUGCUGUGCUGCUAGUGCUGUGUGACAGCUGGUGUGGUGCGCGUGUCCGUCCGGGCUGUUGGACGAGUCCGCAGAUCCAUCCCUCCCUCCCUCUGGAAUCCUUCUCUGUUUUUUUUCUUUUUCUUUUCCUUUGUUUAGUGAGAGAGAGAUAGUGAGUGAGAGAGAGAGAGCCCAGUGGAUUAUGGGCGAUAUUGGUAGUUGUUUCUGGUAUAUCGAAGUGGUAUAUGCAGAUGAAGAAACAUGAAUUUCACCGUGCCAAAAA